AUGGUUUAUACAGAUUCUGAUGAUACACAACCACCGAAGGACUCACAGUUUUUAGAGACGCAAUUGAUUUUCAGUUGUCCACCACAGUUUGCUCCAGAGUGUAACACUUUCAAAUGGAAAGUGAAAAUCAGAGAUGCAAAUGGAAAAAUACAAGAACAAACGUUGAUAGCAAAACAAGUUUGGAAAUUGCAAAACUGCAAAGUGAUAGUUCAUUUUGAUGAAGAUUGUGGCCAGCCUGAUGAAGAUUCUGGAGGUUUAUUGGGGUCUUGGUUAGGUCAGUUGAGCAAUGAUGUUAAUUCGUUGCCAAUUGACUAUGCUGAUAGGAGGGUAUUUGCUCCUCACAGGAAGGACAAACCUAACGUUGAAAGAACACACAAAUAUAAGAACUAA